AUGGAUCACGUUGAGCCAAGUUUGGAAAGAAUCAGGGUCAGGUUAAGCGGCCCCCAGUCGCUUACCACAGCUGAAAUCGACCUGAUCGCCCAACACCCUGAGUGGCUCACCACACUGGGCGAACGCGAGCGACUAACUUUGUCUGAGUCUCGCGCUCUUCGACUCCUCGAGGAAGCUUCGAGCGACUAUCAAGUUAACCCCGGUCAGUAUGCCCAGCUCGAUCACUAUCUCACAACCCAUGGACAGUUACAGCGAAUGAUAGACGCUUCCAGAAUGAUGCAGCGUCUUUGGGCCCGGCAGAAGGUAGAAGAUGAGGAGGCUGGACUAGUCGCCCGUACUGAGGAAGACGGCCCCCGUACAUGGACUGAAGACCUAGCCACUUUUGCAAGAGGCUGUCUUAAAGCCCUCAGCGGCGAAACCGUCGACGUUGAUGAUGACAUGGACGGACCACAUUCCGGAACUGAGUUUGAAGAAGACACUUGCAUGAGUCCUAAUCUUCCGGAAAUCACAUACUUGUCACCUGAGUUCGCGAGACAUAUGCGAGAUCAAAUCCAUGAUCUCCCUUGCCGAGCAGUCGACUGGGAUCGUCUUCUGGACAUCUUGGAAGAAGAGGCACCCGCGAAGGAGGACGUUUUAUCUGCCAUCAGAGCCAUAAUGUGUGAUUUGGUAGAUGAGCUUAUCAAUGCCAGGACAAUGUUGAGAAAUCACAUGCCUGAGGCCACUUCCAAGAAACAAGCGAAUGUUAUGCUUCAAGCACCGACCCAUCUGGCUCGAAUGGUUGGUGUCCUGGAUCUCGAGCAAGAUGGGAAGAUCGAUUCAUAUGCAGAAUGGAAAAGUCUGGAGAAAGGUUUCCCUACCAAAUACAAGGACUUAUGGAACGAUAUCGACUACAUGUGGCCAAUUCUUGCUGAUGUACGGGCUUGGGACGUCGUCACUCAAAACCUUCAGAACAUCUACCAGUCUGAUGCAUGCAUAGAUCAAACGGAACUCCUUCUCCAGUUCUCAGUUGAUUUGCAUACCAUCCGAGUUGAUCGUCAUUCAAAGGGCCAUCCCCGCUUCUGA